GUAGUACCAUACAGAGUAGUUGUUAAUAACGCGGCGUCGCCGUCAACAACGACCACCACAGGUCAGCCGUUCACCGCCGCGCCAUCCGCUCCCUCCUAUGCUAUAAAUUCACCGUCAACUCCUCCUUUCUCAACCAUCGCAUUAAGCUUUAUUCUUAUACGGAGUAUUAUUUUUAUUCUCUUCAACUAUUCCCACUUCCAUGGCGUAUUAUCACAAUAAUGUAUGCAUAAUUGCAGCGGCAUUCAAAUUAUGCAUGCUUCUGCUCCUCUCAUCCCCACGGCAAUGCCAAGGGCAGCAGCUGUCUCCGGCAUUCUAUGACGGGACCUGCCCGAAUGCGCCCGCCAUCGUCCGCACGGCCGUGCGGCAGGCGGUGUCGCGGGAGCGCCGCAUGGCGGCCUCCCUCAUCCGCCUCCACUUCCACGACUGCUUCGUCCGCGGCUGCGACGCGUCGGUCCUCCUCGACGAGUCGCCGGCCGUGGAGAGCGAGAAGACCGCGCUCCCCAACCUGGGCUCGGCGCGGGGCUACGACGUGAUCGAGGCCGCGAAGCGGGAGCUCGAGCGCGCGUGCCCCGGGGUCGUGUCGUGCGCGGACGCCCUCGCGCUGGCGGCGCGCGACGCGUCCGCCGCGGUGGGCGGCCCCUCGUGGGCCGUGAAGCUCGGGAGGAGGGACUCCGCGUCCGCCAACAGGACGGACGCGGAGGCCCAGCUCCCGAGCCCGUUCGACAACCUCGCGAAGCUCGUGUCGAGCUUCGCGAGCAAGGGGCUCAGCACCAGAGACCUGGUGGCCCUGUCUGGGGCACACUCUCUGGGCCAGGCUCAGUGCUUCCUUUUCCGGGAUAGAAUAUACCAGAACGGCACGACGGACAUCGACGCCGGGUUCGCGAGCACCCGGAGACGGCAAUGCCCCACGGACACCGGGAACGGGAAUCUGGCGCCGCUUGAUCUGGUGACGCCAAACUCCCUUGACAACAACUACUACAAGAACCUCUUGAGCAAGAAAGGUCUGCUGGAAUCAGAUCAAGCCCUAGCCGAAGGCGGGGCCACGGCGGGCAUUGUGUCGGAAUACGCCAAGAGUCCCCGCGCUUUCCAAGCCGAUUUCGCUUCUGCCAUGAUCAAGAUGUCUGAGAUUCAGCCUCUUACUGGUCAGAAUGGGAUCAUUAGGAAGGUCUGCGGUUCCUUGAAUUGAUCAGCUGAGCUAUGUGCUUCUUU